AUGGGAAACUGGAGCAUGGUGACUGAAUUCACCCUCACUGCCCUCCCAGCCCUCCUGGAGCUCCGAAUAGCCCUCUUCGUGGUUCUCUUGCUGACUUACACACAAACAGCAGUGGGAAACAUUAUCAUCAUCUCCCUCAUAUGGACUGAUAAUCGCUUCCAAACCCCAAUGUACUUCUUCCUCAGUAAUCUGUCCUUUCUGGACAUUUUGUACACAACUGUUGUUACCCCGAAGUUGCUAGCCUGCCUCCUAGGAGAGAAGAAAAACAUAUCCUUUGCUGGCUGCAUCACGCAAACGUAUUUCUACUUCUUUCUGGGGACAGUGGAAUUUAUCCUCCUAGCGGUGAUGUCCUUUGACCGCUACGUGGCCAUCUGUAACCCCCUGCGCUACAUCGUCAUCAUGAACAGCAAGGUCUGUCUCCAGCUGGUUCUGGGCUGCUGGGUGGGGGCCUUCCUCUCUGUGUUGGUACCAACUGUAGUAGUGACAAGGCUACCCUACUGUAGCAAAGAAAUUAAUCAUUUUUUCUGUGAUAUUGCCCCACUUCUACAAGUGGCCUGUAGAGAUACUCGCCUCAUUGAGAGGAUAAACUUUCUCCUGUCUGCCCUUGUCAUCCUGAGCUCGCUGGCAUUCACCACCUGGUCCUACACCUACAUCAUUUCUACCAUCCUGCGCAUCCCCUCGGCCCAAGGACGUCAGAAAGCUUUUUCCACCUGCGCCUCUCACAUCACCGUCGUCUCCAUUGCCUACGGGAGCAACAUCUUUGUGUAUGUGAGACCCAAUCAGAACCAGUCACUGGACUUUGACAAGGUAGCUGCUGUCCUCAUUACCGUAGUGACCCCCCUGCUGAACCCUUUUAUUUAUAGCUUGAGGAAUGAAAAGGUGAAAGAAGUGUUGAGAGAGGCAACGAACAGAAUCAUGUUCCUGAUACUAAGGAAAACCUGA